AUGCCAAAGCAUUGCAAUGCGUCUAUCCCGCGAGCAGGGCUCAGCCAACCACAAGCAGCGUGGCUGACGUCCGAUAUCGAGGCGGCAAUGACAGGAAUCCGAGAUAAACCUACAGACUUGCUCGCCUACCAGCCAGAACCUCAUGACACGCAACUUGAUGCGGUAACCAAUCCUCCGCUGCACAUCCGGACGGAGUCGUAUCCACCUGACGCUGAGGUCCUCCUGCAGCCGUCUGAUUCCACUCAGUACAGCACAUGGCAAAAUCCCCUGCAAGACAACGCGGCGACCUCGACGUUCCAAUGGCCCUCGAGUUCGGGGCCGACGAUUAACUGGCUCCAGCCGGAUGACAUCAAUUUCGAUGGCGGAGACUUCGAUGAUUUGGUUCCUAUAUUUCCCGUCGACUAUUCUUUUUCGCCGAGCAUUGGCUUCAUGAGUCCUACACAGCAGGAACAUGGUGUUGAGUUUCCGUCAAAUCUUUCGGGCGCCUUCGCUCCCCGAUCGACAUCUUCGUCGGCGAAUGAUCAGGUCACAGAUCCUUACGCUUCUCCCAUCAUGGAUUCGCCGAACUCUGCCGACAAUCCCACUGUAGCAAAGGGGGAGUACUAUGUUGACGGUGGUGUUGGUCGACUCCCGAAGUCGAAGCGACGGAAAAUCGUGCCCAGACCCAACAGCCUCAACAUUGUCGACGAGCCAGACUUCUCGCUACAAUAUACCCGACCUAUCACGCCGUGCACGCAAGCUAACCUACUUCUCUCACCCGAAAUAUAUGGAAAACUCCAUAUUCUAUAUCAACGACUGUGUUUGGACACGACGAUGUUCAAGGCAUACUUGCACGCGGAUUUCCCUCCUAAGCAAGCACUGGAGGGCCUGCUGCCCCUUUUCUUUGCUCAUUUUGCCCAGACCAUGCCGUUCCUCCAUGAACCAACUUUCACUGCGGCGUCAAGGCACUGUGUACUACUCUUGGCUAUGAUGGCCGUGGGCAGUUGUUUUCUAGAGGGAGAACAUUCCGAGGGCUUUGCUCGGUCACUACUCGAGUUCCUCAGGAGAUUCCUGAUCUUUGCUGAAGAAGACGAUUCCUGGCGGCCAACAAGCCCAGAGACCCUGGCGCAGACUCAACUAUUGUAUGCAGUCGGCGCCAAAUACACUUUUCAUGACCCUCUAGGUGCUUCCACGUCACGGUCACUUCGUGCAGCCACUCAGUAUUGUCGGGACAGAUGGCUUCGGCAAGAAUAUGCUCACUAUCCUGAGCAGGACGACAGUGUUCCGUUACAAUGGAAGACCUGGUCCAGAAAAGAAGAAUCAAUCCGGACGGGCUUUUGUAUUUGGUUGAUUGACUGUAUGUGGGCGUAUCAGUUUCAGCAGGAGUCGAAUCUGCGUCUUGAUGAUGCCAGUGGGGUGAUUCUACCUUGUCCUGAUGGCCAGUGGACAGCAGACAUGGCAGAAUGGACUCGGCUCAGAACUGCUGCUCUGCACAGUCGCACCCCGACGCUACUCGAAGCACUGCAGAAUCUCUACGUCGAUAAGCGGCUGCUACCAGGUCUGGGCGAGUUCAGUCAGAUCCUCCUUAUCAAUGGCCUGUUUCACCGAACUUGGGAGGUACAAGGUGUGGUCACUCAGAGCCUCUCCCAUUUUGAACCAUCAGCACAGAAGCAAGCCAGCGACAAUCUACAACCCAAAGUGCCGAUUUGGCCUCCGGCCAUACCUUUGUUCAGUAGAUGGAGGAAUUCGGCGUGUGAUUGCUUGGAUAUAUUACACUGGAGUGCCAAUGCGACCAUUGGAGCCGCGAGCGGUAUGGAACACCCAACGGUGCUGCAUCUCCACCUCGCACGCGUCGUACUUUUAGCGCCACUCACCGACAUUGUUCUGUAUUCUUACUACCUGAUUCGGUCAUCUGGAGAACUGGCCCGCUUUUUCCCAUAUGUGUCGUCGACGGAAGCUGAAGAGCAUCGACAAUCGAUCCAGCGUUGGGCAAUUCAAGAUCAGUACAAGGCACGGCUGGCCGCCAUACAUGCUGGGGUUGUCUUCUGGCAUGUCCGACUCUACUCUAUCAAUGGGUUUUACGAGUCUACCGCUGUCGCCCUAGCGGCAUUGUUGUUCUGGGCUCUCAGCGCCUUUUCGCCCAAGAAGCCGAAAUCGAGAAGAGUGGGUGACGAAGGAGGCACUCCUUCGCCUGGAAGUCCGCAUUCUUCCGACAUGUGCGACAUCAUCCUCAUUGACCGCCCCACUGAUGACGAGCUCGUCCAACAGUUCGUCCGGCAGGGCAAUGUCAUGCGCGCCAACAUGACCGGCGUCGGAGACAUUUUCGGGCCCAAGGGACCCCGGAGAGUGCUCGCCGAAGGACAGAAACUGUUGCUCACACUGGCAAGCUGGCGAGGCAUUACGAACUACUGGCUGAGGGUCCUCAGCAGACUAGAAAAGGUGACCGCGGCAGCAGGCCUGGGGAGCAGCCCUGCCGAGGUGGGGAGUGCUACAGUAGCAUGA